CUGGGCCUGUGCCCUGAACAGGAAUCAACCCGGUGACCUUUUGGUUCCAGGGUCAGCCGUGGAGUGAGCCCCACAGGCAGGCAGCUCUGUGGGGGUGAAGAUGGUGUUCUCUUGGCUCUUCCUGACCCCCAGGUCGUUGCAGAUCACAGUGCUGUGAUCCUCACCUGCCAGCUGCCUGUGAUUGUUCCCGCCCCCAGGAGUGAAGUGACGGGACAGGGAGGCUGCUAGUGGAGCUGCUUUUUCAGCAUCAGGAUAGAGGAAGCCGACUGCCCCUGCAGAAAUGGGGUUAUGUGUCCGGCUGUGUCUUCAUGGAGCCUAAGUUUUCAUAUGGGGGCUGUUCAGUUUCCUAGAGUCACUGCAAACUCCUGAUUUCUGCCAGGACUUAACACUCAGGCCAGUGAGGCAGGAGGUACGAAGACUUCCAGAGAAGGGCCCGUUCCUUGGAUGUGCCGCCUCACAGAGAGAUGAAGGGGCAGCAGAAAACAGCUGAGACGGAAGAGGGGACAGUGCAGAUCCAGGAAGGUGCAGUGGCAACUGGGGAGGACCCAACCAGUGUGGCUAUUGCCAGCAUCCAGUCAUCUGCCACCUUCCCUGACCCCAACGUCAAGUACGUCUUCCGAACUGAGAAUGGGGGCCAGGUGAUGUACAGGGUGAUCCAGGUGUCUGAAGGGCAGCUGGAUGGCCAGACCGAGGGGACUGGUGCCAUCAGUGGCUACCCUGCCACUCAGUCCAUGACCCAGGCGGUGAUCCAGGGUGCGUUCACCAGUGACGAUGCAGUUGACACAGAGGGGACGGCCGCUGAGACACACUACGCUUACUUCCCUGGCACUGCUGUGGGCGACGGGGCGGCAGGGACCACGGCAGGGAGUGCAGCGGCUGUUGUCACCACCCAGGGCUCGGAGGCACUGCUGGGACAGGCCACCCCUCCUGGCACCGGUCAGUUCUUCGUGAUGAUGUCACCACAGGAAGUGCUGCCGGGAGGAAGCCAGCGAUCCAUUGCCCCCAGGACCCAUCCUUACUCCCCGAAGUCAGAAGCUCCUCGGACGACGCGGGAUGAAAAACGCAGGGCCCAGCAUAAUGAAGUGGAGCGGCGCCGCCGGGACAAGAUCAACAACUGGAUCGUGCAGCUGUCCAAGAUCAUUCCAGACUGCUCCAUGGAGAGCACGAAGUCAGGCCAGAGUAAAGGGGGGAUUCUCUCCAAAGCCUGCGAUUACAUCCAGGAGCUGCGGCAGAGCAAUCACCGGUUGUCUGAGGAGCUGCAAGGGCUGGACCAGCUGCAGCUGGACAACGAAGUGCUUCGCCAGCAGGUGGAAGACCUCAAGAACAAGAACCUGCUGCUCCGUGCCCAGCUGCGGCACCAUGGGGUGGAGGUGGUCAUCAAGAAUGACAGCAGCUGACUUGGGUCCCUGUGGCGGAGCGGCAAGAAGCCUGGAGCAGCAGGGUCCCCGGGCCGUUCCUUCCCUGCCCAUUUCUGGCACGAGACUGGGCGGUUCAGAGGGUGUGUCAGGCAGCAGCCUGCAGGGUGUGAGACACGGUCGAGCCCUGGCAGACAGCCUGGUGCACACUCGGUGUCCAUGCGGAUGCUGGACACACCCAGUGGGCCUGCCUGGUGCCUGCUGAUGUGACGCCUGGCUGCCCGGGACCCGGGGCUUUCAGUCCCCCCUUCCCCGGAGCUCGGGGUGCACCUGAGGACGCCAGGGGACAGGCUUCAGCAAGACGCGGGGGAGGAGCAGUGGCCGCUGCCGCAGAAGGUUGGGCAGCAGCUGAGACUGACGCAGACGUCCAGGGAGAACCAUAGGCAGGGCCUACGUGGGCUUUGCCCCUUGUGGGGACGGUUCCCCCUUUUUUUUUAAACAUAAAAUGUUCAGAGCCGCA